CUAGGCCAGUGCAAAUUAUAGGUCACGUGAUUUCCUCAGGGAUGCGAGGCAGCGAUGACUUGCUGAGAGUUGAAGGUUGAAAACACGCGAUGUCUACUUGAAACUUCAUAACUUUGAUAAUAUGUGCUUUGAAAUGUGGGUUUCUGUAACGUGUAAGGCUAAGAAAUGGAAAUAUUAACGUACAAUUGUUGGAAUAUGAGAAGAAACAUUUGAAGAAGAAGUUUCUGAAAUUAUUCUAGAUAAGCCAUGCGUCGGCUUCACUCAUUUAUAGCCAUUGUUGGCUUGGGAGUGUUGGUUCCAUUGGCGAUUACUUACUAUAUUUGGAACGGAGCUAAAGAGCAUGGAAUCAAAGAAAGAAGUAAGAAAUAUCCAGUAGAGUUUAUGACAGGAUUUUCAGAGACGAACAAGAAGACGAAUAGUCGACCAUCAGAAGCGGACAUUAGAACAUUUCACAUGGAGAAAUAUUGUUACAAGUUACGUAAACAGUUACAGGAGGAACGCGCAAAGAUUUCACAGUUUAGAAACAUUUUAUAUGAUGACAGAUAUAAAACAUUGUUUUGUCAAAUACCUAAAGUCGCCUCAACUAACUGGAGACGUAUGUUUCUAAUUCUGUCAGGGAAAAUGAACACAACAGAUCCCGGCCAGUUAAAAUCAUUCGACGUUCACAAAACAUACGGCAAACAUAUAAAGCUGCUGAGUGACUUAAAUCCUGAACAAAUUCGCUACAGACUGAAAAAUUACUUUAAGUUUGUAAUAGUUCGUGAACCUUUUGAGCGGUUAUUAUCGGCCUACAGGAAUAAAUUUGGAAAUCUCAGCAAAAGCAAUCUGUAUUUUCAUAAGCGAUUCGGAAGACGCAUAGUGAAAAAAUAUCGCCCAAACGCAAAAGAGCAAUCCCUUAUAACAGGCAGUGACGUGACAUUCAGUGAAUUUGUCCAGUAUAUUUUAGAUCCCAGUCGACAAGAGCCGUUAAACGAACAUUGGACUGAAUAUCAUAAACUAUGUCUACCAUGUAUUGUACACUAUGAUUACAUAGGCAAAUAUGAAACUCUUACAGAAGACUCAGCAGCCAUUAUAGAUAGAAUGCGAGCCUCUGACGUCAUCGAAUUCCCUGAACGCUCUUCUACAUACCAUCAUAAAAAGACUGAGAAUUAUUUAUAUGACUAUUUUAAACAUUUAUCACCCAAAACAAUGUUAAAAUUGUGGAAAUUUUACUACCCCGACUUUUUAUUGUUUAAUUACACAUUACCUAAAUCACUGCACAAUCUAACCAACCUAGUUAACUAUCUGUGAUGUUAGUAUUUCCAUAAUAACUGUACUUUUACUGCAGUAAUUUUCUAAUAAUUUUCUAAUAUUGACUAAUAAAAAUUAAUGUCUUUCGAGAGGUCAGUUUUGUUGGAAUGGGUACCAUUUAUUUUAUCACGUGGACGUAUAAUGUCUCCCCUGUCCGUCCGUUCACAUUUUGUCAGUGAUGCAGGACGGGGGCCUGUCAAGGACAGCUGUCUAGUCAUUCGGAUGAGACGAAAAACCGAGGUACCGUGUACAAAUUGACAGUUGGUAUUCGAUAUAAGAGUAGACCGCAGUGCCGCUGUCCGGCUUUUUCUUUUAGCUUGUUCUCUACCCAUCUCUUUCAAAAUGUGGGCGUAUCUUGCCUGGCAAACGUUGUUAAAGUGUGUACCUGUUUACUAAAAUAUUUGUUCGUUUGGAAGAUAUGCAUAAAAAUAAAUCAUAAUCGUGGUUUUCUGUGGUAAUCAUAAUAGAAAUGUGGCCUUGUAUUCUGUUAAUAAAUAAGUUGAAUUUA